AUGGGCGCCCGGAAGCGCGGGACCAGAAACCGGAGAAGCCGGGACAGCCCCAUGCCCACGCCAUGCAUUCAGGCACUGUGCUUCGACCCUCUGGUGCGACGCUGCUUGGAAUGUAACCUCCUCCGCACACCGGACCCUCCUCCCGCAUCCCCUUCACCAUCAGCGCCCGGGACAGCGCUGCAGCCGCAGGAGUCGGUGGGCACAGGACCAGGGCCGGACGCGACGCUGCCGCUGCCCGGGCUGCUCUUCGGCGCCCCCGCCCUCCUGGGGCUGGUGUUGGUGCUGGUCCUGGUGGCCCUGGUGAUCUGGAGGUGGUGGCAGCAGCGCAGGAUGGCCUCCCCUGACACCCCAGACGGAGUCCAGGAAGAAACCCCUCCUGCCUCCGCUCCCAUCUGGCCUACCCCCAAAGAAGAUGCCGACGCCACCCUGCCAAGCCACAGCAUCCCAGUGCCCGCCACAGAACUGGGUUCCACUGAGCUGGUGACCACCAAGACAGCCGGCCCCGAGGAAUAG